AUGGAUAUCUUUAACCUGAAGAAAUUCAGAAAUGCCCAAAAGUCCAAUGCAAAGGAUGUGGGGCAGGAUCAGCCGGAGGAGCCCAAGAACACAAGCACCGGUUUAUUACCAAGGGGCAAAUCGGUAAAUUUGGAUCCGGCCGACAAUGCUGGGACAGAAGAAGAUGAUGACGAUGAUUUCAUCUUGAAUGAGGUGAAGAGGAGGCUCAAGGAGUUGAGGAGGAACAGCUUCAUGGUGUUGAUACCCGAGGAGACUUCCCCGCCAGCUGGCGAAGAGGAAGAGGACGAGGAAGAGGGAGAGACGAGCUCAAGCACUGAGUGGAGGGAUGUUGAGGCUGAGGGCCGCCAGUUCUGGUCCGGUUUUGAUGCUGUGUACGAUGUCUACUGUGAUCGCAUGCUGUCUUUUGACCGAUUGAGCACCCAGCAACUCCUAGAAGUUGGCUGUCACGUUCCUUCGACUCCAUCACCCAGACCCGUUUCUAAAAGGCUGGGAUCUCCCUUUGGCUGCCUUUCCCUGAGAAAGUUUGAGGUGCCGGAAGAGGAAAUUGAGCACUUGCAGCAACCAAUGAACGACCCGUAUCAAGAACUCGAGACUUCGUAUGUUGGUCAAGUGUGCUUGACUUGGGAGGCACUACACUGCCAGUACACGCAGUUAAGUCAGAAAAUUGCUUCCCAGCCCGAAAGCCCCACUGCCUCUUAUAACCAUAGUGCCCAGCAGUUUCAGCAAUUUCAGGUCCUACUGCAGAGGUUUAUUGAGAAUGAGCCGUUUGAAAGGGGCUCUAGGCCUGAAAUCUAUGCUCGGACGAGAAAGUCAUUGGUAAAACUGCUCCAGGUUCCCAAGAUUCAAGCUUCCGAGGUGAAAAGCAAGGGAGGAGAAGAGGCUUCGGAUUUCUUGGUUCUUACCACGGACUUGAUCAGAGUUAUCGAGAGCUCCAUCUUGAGUUUCCACCAAUUCAUCAAAACGGACAAGAAAAAGUCGGGAGGUGUGCGCAAUGUGUUUGGAAGUCAGAAUCAGAUGUUUAUACCCGCUCAACAUGUUCAAUCUUCUCUUGAAAAGAAAGGGAUCAAACUGAAAGAACUUUGGAAGAAGAGCAAGAACUAUAAAAAGAAAUCGUGGCCAACCACAGCCGAGGAUGUGGAGAUGUUGCUUGCGCUAGUCGAUAUCAAAGUGCUGUCGAGGGUUUUGAGAAUGUCGAGGAUUAGCAAAGAACAGCUGUUUUGGUGUGAGGAGAAGAUGAAGAAGCUGUGUUUAAACAACGGCAAGUUGCAGAGAGACCCGUCCCCAAUCCUUUUCCCUUGUUAG